AUGAUUAAGCCCGUCCAAUCCAAAGACGCGUGGGACCCUUCCGAUUCGUACCAAGUGCCGCCAUCGCGACUCCCGCACUUGGACAUACCACCGCCAUCGUACCUUCCGCUCUAUAACGCGACCACGCAGCCAAUCUCGCCUAUACAGACAAUGCCUCGUCCGGCGCCGCUGCACUUCCAACCGCUGCAGGUUUCACCGGUUCAGUCUCCGUCGCUGCAGAUUUUGCUGUCGCGCCGUUGGCUUCCACCUGCGCCGCUGUAG